UACUGAUUGGCGUCUGUGAAUGUUGGGAUAACCAAUCAGAUUUGUGCUUGUUGACCCGGAAGCUGUGUUGUUUAUAUUUUCCAAGAUGGCGGCGGGAAUGUAUUUGGAACAUUAUUUAGACAGUAUUGAAAAUCUGCCCUUUGAGUUGCAGAGAAACUUCAAUUUGAUGAGGGAUCUAGAUCAACGCACAGAGGAUCUUAAAGGGCAGAUAGACUCUCUGGCUAAAGAGUAUACAGCCAACGCACGGACUCUUUCCUCUGAGCAAAAGUUGUCGAUUCUACGGCAGAUUCAGCAGUCUUACAGUAAAUGCAAAGAGUUUGGCGAUGACAAGGUGCAAUUGGCCAUGCAGACCUAUGAGAUGGUCGACAAACACAUCCGGCGCCUUGACACAGACCUGGCUCGAUUUGAGGCUGAUUUGAAGGAGAAGCAGAUUGAGAGCACGGACUAUGACUCUACGUCCAGUAAGGGGAAGAAAAGUGAUUCCAGACAGAAGGAAAAAAAGAUAGCUAAAACAAGAUCUAAAGUGAAGAGUUCAGAUGAAGACGGUAGUCCUAAGAGUGCACAGAAGAAAGUCAAACUCCUUCAGCCAGGAGAAUUCAACAGCCCUUCCUCCAACUUUGGGAAUGUGCACCCAUCUGAUGUGCUGGACAUGCCAGUGGACCCCAACGAACCCACUUAUUGUCUGUGUCACCAGGUGUCGUAUGGCGAGAUGAUCGGCUGUGACAACACUGAUUGCUCCAUUGAGUGGUUCCAUUUUGCAUGUGUGGGUCUGACAACCAAGCCAAGAGGAAAAUGGUAUUGUCCACGAUGCUCCCAAGACAGAAAGAGAAAAUAAACACCACCCAGAUGUCCUCAAGCGUGGACACGGUUCAGAUGGAAAAUGAGAAGAAUAUUUCUUCAUCUGUCAAUAGAUUCUUUUGUUUCUCAUCGUUAACAUUUGGUGCUUUGUUUUGUUUACAUAAUUUGCCUUGGUCUGGUGCAGUGAGCUUGAAGGAGCCAAGUGAUUACAAAUGUAUUUAUCUCUGACUUUUUCAAAAGGUUAACAGGAGUUUUGGUUUUCUUUCUAGUUACUUUUGGUGCUCUUCUUGUGAUUUUUGUGUUUUAUUUUACAGGUGAAUAAUGAACACUACACAUUCCCAUGAUGGCUUAACUUUUUUUUAUACUGUAUUUACAGUAUAAUUAUUAUUUUGGUACAGCUAUUUUCUCUAAAACUCAGUUUGGUUAUUGAUAUAUUAGUUUUAUUUGCUUAGGACACUAGUGUUUGAAAGCAUAAAAAUAGCAAAAAAGACAAAUGCUGCAUCCUGACAGUAUUAGUCAUCUGUGGUCGUGAGUUUACCCAUUUCAUUGUAAGAUUUGAUUGAAUGCUGUAUAGAAAACUAGAUAUUUCACGAAAAGUAUUUCUGUAGCUGAAACAUUUGGUACCAGGGAGAGGGGUGAUUGUGUGUCAAUCAUUUGAAUACAGCUACUACCUCAAAACGU